AUGUACAUGUACAUCAAGACAAAGUCUCGGUCGACGCCUACCAUCUCAUUACAGCGACGUGUGGUUGGCGGCGAGCUGACGUCCAAGGGAGACUACCCCUUCCUCAUUUCCUUGUGGUAUAUGAAGGAGAAUCCCUUCACGAACAACACCAAGUUGCACCACGUCUGCGGGGGAGCUCUGAUAGACCCCAGCUGGGUGUUGACUGCGGCACAUUGCUUCGAUGCUCGGGUGUUGCCGGGUAUUGACGUGAAGGAGUCGUGGAAGGUAGUUGCCGGAAAAUUCAAUCAGGUGGCCGACGAAGACUCCGACCAGUUCCGCACCAUCACGGAAGUUCAUAAGUACAGCGGCUGGAACAUUAAAAAGCUCCUCGGAGACGCUGCCUUGUUGAAGCUGAACGAACCCGUGGAUUUAUCCAGGGAAGAUGUUUCCGUCAUCAAGCCGGAUACCGACCCCUCGUGCGCCGUGGCAGGAGCUGAUUGUUAUGUCGUGGGGUGGGGACAAGUAACUGAGGCACCCUAUGGCUACGGGAUGUAUAUCCCGGUGGUGGCAGAGAUACCGGUUGUGGACACACAGACUUGCAAGGAGGCGAUGAAGCCAGAGAACGUGGAAAACCGCACCAUCGCCAUCGACGACAGCCUGGUGUGUGCCGGCCACGUGGAGGGAGAGGUGGACGCUUGUUCUGGGGAUUCCGGAGGGCCUCUGGUGUGUGUGUGCGAUGUCGCCGAGGUCGUGAGCGGUAUCGUCUCUCACGGUCACGGCUGUGCCAGGGAAAACCUUUAUGGAAUCUACACUCGAGUGUCUCUUCUGAAAGAUUGGAUUGAAGACGUUAUUGGUGGCAAAGACCAGGCUGGCCAGCCCCACACGGAUAAGAUUCAGCUAUAAGAUGAAACACAAUACACAGACAAGUUAAUCAGCUGUACCACGACAUCCAAUUAUAUCAGCUUUAAUCUUUAUGUAUUCUAAAACUGUACCAUAUGCUGUGAACAAACUAAGAAACCAAACGUAAAAUGAGAGUUUAAAAUUUCUAUUGUAUUCAGAAAGAAAAGAUGUUUUCUGAUAAAACGUGUACUAUCGUUAAACCCAUUUCCAUCACAGCGUGCAUGCUGCAUUGCGUUUAGAUUGUUCUCAAAAUACGAAAAUGAGUUUUCUACCUUAGGUUAUAAGGUUGGAAAGUCAUUGAGAUGGGAUUAUUUUAACUUUUAACAUCUGAAUAGAAGAGAAAUAUUUCGCGUGAUGCCAUUUAUAUUCAUUUCAAGUAAAAAACCAACGAUGAACAGAAGUAGAUCUAUUUGCUUUGCACGUGAUUCAUUCUGGUGUUUCCAUGAGACAACUGAUAGAAAUUCAUCAGUAUCUACAUUGGGACAGACAUGCUGUAACGGAAUACCUCAUUAAAUAAUAUAUAGAUAUAAUGCCAUACAUAUAUACAAAUGAAAUUGAAUAAAAUGUGCUGAACUGACAA